CUCUCAUAUUCGAGAGUGGCCCCACACACACUCUCAGCUGGACCACAAACAUCUAACAAACAUUAUCUUCUUAUCCAUAUCUUCAUUUCCACAAUCUUUUUCUUCUCCAGAGUUGAGGUCUAGUUUGACAGAAAUGGCCAGUUUUAUCUUGCAGCAUUUGUACAUGGACAAAUAAAGAAUAUUUUUUUGCUCUUUGCUCAGCUCGUUUUUACGCCUCAUUUCUUUUGAACUCGGCUGAAGCAAAGCCCCAUGCUCAGAAGCAGAGCUCCGGCCGCACUCAUGUCCUCAGUCAUCGCUCCCUCCAAUCCCUCUGGCUCCACGGGACCCAAAGAGGUGGAGUUGAUCCUGGUGAAGGAGCAGAACGGUGUUCAGUUCACCACCUCCGCCCUCGUUGCACCGACCGGCCAGACUCACCCGUCUGGAGAGGAGCGAGAAACCUGGGCCAAGAAAAUUGACUUCCUGCUGUCGGUCAUCGGCUUCGCAGUGGACCUCGCCAACGUCUGGAGGUUCCCGUACCUGUGCUACAAGAAUGGAGGAGGUGCCUUCCUCGUCCCCUACAUGUUCUUCAUGGUGAUUGCCGGGAUGCCGCUCUUCUAUAUGGAAUUAGCGUUGGGACAAUACAACCGUGAAGGAGCUGCGGGAGUAUGGAAGAUUUGUCCGAUAUUUAAAGGUGUCGGCUUCACGGUGAUCCUCAUCUCGCUGUACGUGGGUUUCUACUAUAACGUCAUCAUCGCCUGGGCGCUGUUCUACCUGUUCUCGUCGUUCUCCUCCGAGCUGCCGUGGGUCGACUGCAACAACACGUGGAACAGUGCAAACUGCUCGGACCUGAACGCCACCUUCCUGAACGACUCGCACAAAGCCACGCCCGCUUUGGAGUACUUUGAGCGUGGUGUUCUGCACCUUCAGGACAGUACGGGGAUCGAUAAUCUCGGCCUGCCUCGCUGGCAGCUCACUUCCUGUCUCGCUGUCGUCAUCGUCAUCCUUUACUUCAGUCUGUGGAAGGGAGUCAGGACCUCAGGCAAAGUGGUGUGGAUCACUGCCACGAUGCCUUACGUGGUUCUGACGGUUCUCCUGCUGAGGGGUGUGACUCUGCCUGGAGCCAUCGACGGUAUUAAAGCCUACCUCAGUGUGGACUUCCUGCGCCUGUGUGAUGCUCAGGUCUGGAUCGAGGCGGCGACGCAAAUCUGCUUCUCUUUAGGAGUCGGCUUCGGCGUUUUAAUCGCCUUCUCCAGCUACAACAAAUUCACCAACAACUGCUACAGAGACGCCAUCAUCACCAGCUCCAUCAACUCCCUGACCAGCUUCUUCUCCGGCUUCGUCAUCUUCUCCUUCCUGGGCUACAUGUCGCAGAAACACAACGUGGCCCUGGAUAAAGUCGCCACUGACGGUCCUGGUUUGGUGUUUAUAAUUUACCCAGAAGCCAUUGCGACGUUGCCAGGCUCCUCCGUUUGGGCCGUGAUCUUCUUCAUCAUGCUCCUCACGCUGGGCAUCGACAGCGCCAUGGGCGGGAUGGAGUCUGUGAUCACGGGACUCAUCGACGAAUUCAAGUUCCUGCACAAACACAGAGAACUGUUCACACUCUUCAUCGUGGUGUCCACCUUCCUCAUCUCGCUCUUCUGCGUCACCAACGGAGGAAUCUACGUCUUCACGCUGUUGGACCACUUUGCGGCAGGGACAUCGAUCCUCUUCGGCGUGCUGAUUGAAGCCAUCGGCAUCGCCUGGUUUUAUGGUGUGGAUCGUUUCAGUGACGAUAUCCAGGAGAUGAUUGGGCAACGACCAGGAAUUUACUGGCGACUCUGCUGGAAAUACGUCAGUCCCUGUUUCCUGCUGUUCAUGGUGGUGGUGAGCUUCGCGACCUUCAACCCCCCGAAAUACGGCUCCUACUCGUUCCCCACAUGGGCCAACAUGCUCGGCUGGUGUCUGUCCAUCUCCUCCAUGAUCAUGGUUCCCAUCUACGCCAUCUACAAGUUCUGCGUCCUGCCCGGAAGCUUCUGCACCAAACUGGCGUACGCAAUCACGCCAGAGACGGAGCAUCACCUGGUGGAGCGCGGUGAAGUGCGACAGUUCACGCUUCAUCACUGGCUGGUGGUGUGAACACUGCAAAAACAACAACAAAAAAUAAAAUAAAAGAAGUAAAUUCCUCCAGCUCCGUAGGGGGCGCUGUGUGCCAAACAAGCCGUACGUCUCGUCCUUCUCUUUCUCGCGUGAAAAAUAAUAAAAUUUGAAAAAAAGUGUGGCGGUGAUGUGGUUUUGAUCACAACAUGCUCGACAUUCGGUCAGAAAAAAAAUGAAUCUAUUUAAAGGCUGUAUCACAAACGCUAAUAGCAAACAAUAGAAUUAGCGGGAAAACUUGUUACUUAGUGGUUAGGAUGGUUAAUAAAUUAUAUUUGUGCUCGAUAUAACUUAGCUAGCCAACAUAUAGCUGUGCCGAACACAUCCGACAUCUCUAGCACCAUGUCGGAGAUAACUUUGGAUUUUAUUUUGCCGCCAUUUCCCACUGCUAAAGCAACGGGCAGCAGUACAGAGUUUCUCUGAAGCUAAAAACAGCACCACGCUGAUCAUAAAAAAACUAAACACCACCGCAUUUACGCUUAUAACGAUAUCGUUAGAGUCGACGCUAUGUUUUAGUGUGCGUUUGGGAUUUUUUAAAUUUUAUUUACAAAAUGGCCGACGUUAAAGUAAGUAAGUAAGUAGGCGUGAAUUUUAGCGUUUGGGACACGGCCGAAUUCUCACUGUACGAUGACUGUUACGACGACUGUUUACUGUUUCUAUAUAUUUUUUUGUGAUUAGAGUACAAGCCGAGCCUUAUUGAUCAACGUGAAGUGUCGAAAACCGUAUACUGACUAAGAACCUAGAAACAAACGAUGUUUAAUAUUAUCUAGUGCUAUAGUAAAAUCUAUACAUCUUAUUUGUGUUAGAAACGAGAAAAAUGAUGGACGUGCUGAUCAGGUUUAUCGAGUUAAUUAAGCCAUAUUCGUGCAUCAGCUUUACGCCACCGUUUGUUUAUAUUUUCACAAGUAGUUAGCAUGACUCGUAUUAGACACGAGGCGAUAAUUGGUAUACACACACACACGAUAUACGACAUUCAGUGAUGAAAUCUAUACAAGUUUCAAUUUACGAUAGUCAUUUCUUAGUAUUUUUUGUGAGAAUAUUGCAGAGUAUUUUACUUUCAAAUAAAUAAAUAAAUAAAUAAAUAAAUAAAUAAAAACACUUAAACCAACAGUUCAGUGAAAACGUAUUUAAAAAAAAUUAAGUGUAAAGCUUCAGUGUAAAACCCGCUGGAACGUCGGAAAGCAAAUUUCAGUUUUCUCAGCCGAGUUGUUGCUUUAACAAUUUUAAAAAACCUGAUAUAACCAAGGAGAAAUCAGAUGUGCGUAUAUUUAUCCAUCAUAACAGCAUUGUUUCUUAUCGUGUAUCGGAGUAAAAUUGAUCACCUGCUGUAAAAAACAUCAAUAAAGAGCCUGUGG